AUAGAUUUCAACAGAACCUGGAAAGAAUAUGAACACGGGUUUGGUAAUUUUAAAGGAGAACACUGGCUUGGUAAUGAGAAAAUGCAUAUUUUAACUUCCGGAGGUAACUUUGAAUUAAGAAUAGAUCUUGCGGAUUUCGACGGAGAGGCCAGAUAUGCUUUAUAUAGGAAGUUUUCAGUUGGAGAUGCAAAAUCAAAAUACAAACUGACAAUUAGUGGUUAUAGUGGAAAUGCAGGUACUAGAGAUUGCUUAUCUGGUCAUAAUGGCAUUCUUUUCUCGACUACCGACCAGGACAAUGAUAACCACCACAUCAACUGUGCGAAUUCUUACAAUGGAGGAUACUGGUAUAACAAGUGUUAUCAAUCAAAUCUAAACGGAGCCUAUCUUAAAGGCGAAACCAAACUCAAAUCUAAAGGAAUGGUAUGGCCUUGUUGGAGAGGAUACAACUAUUCGUUAAAAUCAACAACGUUAAUGAUACGUAGAAUAUGAAUA